AUGGGUAGGUUACAAGAGAUUGAUGGAGCAAUGCGUGAGCACAUUCAUUUUUUUUUUCUCUAUCUUUGUGUUACAGUUCGUAAUGGUUAUUCUUGCGUUCCUGUUGCUUUGUCUGAAGGAUUGGACAUUCGAUUGAAUACUGCUGUAAGGGCAGUACGCUAUGGAGUAAACAGUGUUGAAGUUUGGACCGCUCCUUCUCGUAGUCCUCACACCAAUCCAACCGUAUAUAAAGCUGAUGCAGUUCUUGUUACGCUUCCACUUGGAGUACUGAAAGCCACCACUGCACCCUCUGCAGUUACAUUCAAUCCACCGCUUCCAGAUUGGAAAGCUCAAGCAAUUCAACGUCUUGGCUUUGGAAAUUUAAAUAAGGUGGUGCUGUGUUUCGAACGUAUUUUUUGGGACCCAACGGCUAAUUUGUUCGGGCAUGUCGGGAGCACAACUGCCUCCCGCGGUGAGCUGUUUCUGUUCUGGAACUUGUACAAGGCACCCGUUCUCUUGGCUCUUGUCGCAGGCGAGGCAGCUUGUGUUAUGGAAAAUGUCAGUGACGACGUUAUUGUCGGUCGUUGCAUCGCAGUGCUAAAAGGAAUAUUUGGCAACCAGGUCGUGCCACAGCCGCGCGAAAGUGUUGUCACACGGUGGCGAGCAGAUCCUUGGGCAAGAGGCUCUUAUAGCUACGUUGCAGUAGGCAGUUCUGGAAGUGAUUAUGACCUUCUUGCUGCACCCGUUGCUGCACCAGCUCCACCAAAUCAGCCUCCAGGAACUCCUCAACCACAACCAAGAGUUUUUUUUGCUGGUGAACAUACUAUUCGUAAUUAUCCAGCCACAGUUCACGGUGCCUUUUUGAGUGGUUUGCGAGAGGGUGGUCGUAUCGCAGAUCAACUCUGUGGAAGUCCUUAUGCACCACCAAAUUCACCAACUUCAGCAGUUUCAUCGAGUGGAACCACGGCAACUACUACAACAACCCAAUAACAAAGUCUUCAAGCACAGUUUACAGUAUAAUUUCUCAUAAUUUACAUGGAUAUUUUAAUUUCAUGCGAUUAUUACAGAUUUUAAUGGUAAAAUAGAUAUCUUUUUAUUUCUAAGCUUCAGUUAAAAUAAAUGCUUUUACUCCUAAAAAAGUUCGACAGUGACACAUAAACUAGAAUCGUUCUGCUUCAAUAGUUUCGAUCGUUUUUUCAAUCUUUCGUGCUGCAAACUUUUUCAUUAUGACUUUGAAUCUGGGUCUGAAUAGCAAACCGUAGGGAGUCCUUUCGAAAGACCUAUGAAACGUGGGAGCGCUAGUUCCAGGGCAAACUAUUGAAUUCUUACCAAUCGAUUGCAAUGAUUCGUCGCUACAUUGUCAGGUUUAUUUUCCAUCUAAAUUGUCCGCGAUUACUAUUCCAUUCAACUUUAUGUAUAUAAUCUUACCUAUUAAUUUUCAUUAAUAUGAUAAAUAGUUUAUGAUAGAUUGGACAAAAAAUGUCAUGAUUGAAUCACAGAUUAAUUAUUUCAUUUGAAUGCUGUUAAUUUGUAAAAUUGCCUGCGGUAGAAUAUGUUGUGCUAGUUUGAAACGACUGAAAAUUGCAAUUCGGUACGGCAAUAAGCGAAAGUUAAAAGCCUUGGAAACAAAGCCACGGUGAAUUGUUUUCUAUUGAUUGCCAAAAAUUUUACAUUCUCUCUCUUUUUUCUCAAAUAGUCCGAGUUGAGGUCAAUCCCAAUUGAAAUUGGUUCUUUUUCAUGGAUUGCUGUAAAUAUCCGAAUUGUUCGAGCUUUUUCGUGAGAAAACAAAAUGAAAAAAAUUCUUUCUACAAUCAAUUCGAAUAGAUAAUAUGUUGAAUAAA